AUGUCUCUUAAUGAUGCUAUUCAAUUACAUCAAACACGAUCGUAUGAGAAUCGAGUAUAUGCACUUAAAAUCUUUAAAGAAUUAAAAAAUAAUUAUUGGAUAGGUUAUUAUUAUGAACAAGGAUAUGGUGGUUUAAAUAUUGAUAUAGAAAAAGCUAAAAAAUAUUAUCAAAUAGCAUCAUUUGAAGAAAAUUCUGAUGCGAUAUAUAGAUUAGCAGUUAAUAUAAUUAAUUAUUUCAAUGUUAAUGAUUCUGAUGAAGAGAAAAAGAUUAAUAAUAUGUAUUCUACGGUUUUAUUGAAAAAAUCUGCGGAAUUAGGUCAUAUCGAUGCUGCUUAUUAUUAUGGUGAUAUUUUAUUAAAUGGAAAAUUAGAUAAUGAAAUAAAUACUAGUGUUGCUUAUAUUUAUUUAUCAUUUGCUGCUAGUCGCAGUCACAUAAAAGCAAUAUCGUUAUUAGAAAAUUCUUAUCAUUGUUAA